UUUAUUACCUUAAUUAACCAUUAUUAUUUCAUUCAAAAUAAUAAUAAUAAAUAAAAUAAUCUCAUGCAAAACAAAACAAAAUUUUUUCUCUUAACAUGGGCAUGGCUAUCUGCUGUAAACCUUUAAUAUGGCCACCUCCAGCGUCUCUAAAUCAGACCCCUACGACCACCUCCACAUUGCUCUUAACCUAGACGGCACCAUCACUCGCUUGCUAACUCAUCCAACUGUAGAAGCAAACCCAGAGGCGACCAGCGGUGACGCCGUCGUAUGCAAGGACUGGACUUUAAACGCCCAAAACAAAACAUGGCUUCGCAUAUACAGACCUACCAGAUUACCUUCCAAUGAUAACACCAUAGCUCGCCUUCCUAUUAUCAUCUACUUCCAUGGUGGUGGCUUCAUACUCUUCUCCGCCAAAACCAAAACUUCUCACGAAAAAUGUUGCGAGUACGCCAGCGAAAUCCCUGCGAUUGUCGUUUCCCUAGAUUACCGUCUUGCUCCGGAGUGUCGUCUUCCGGCGCAAUAUGAAGACGCAAUCGACGCAAUUAUUUGGGUCAAGGAACAAAUUGUGGAUCCAAACGGAGUGCAGUGGCUUAAAGAUUACGGCGAUUUCUCUCGGUGUUACAUUGGCGGCCGUGGAAGCGGUGGAAAUAUAGCGUUUAACGCCGCUUUGAGGGCUUUAGAUUUGGAUUUAAACCCGCUGAAAAUAUCCGGGUUGGUUUUGAACCAACCGAUGUUUGGAGGGAUGGAGAGGAAGAAUUCGGAGCUCCAACAUGCAGAGGAUCCGCUGAUGCCGUUAUCAGUAUUGGACCUAAUGUGGGACCUAUCUUUGCCACUUGGAACAGAUCGAGACCAUUCGUUUUGCAAUCCUUUAGUAGAUGGCCCACACAAAAUAAAGAUAGGGUCGUUAGGGAGGUGUUUGGUAACAGGGUUUUGUGGGGAUAUAAUGUUUGAGAGGAUGCGAGAUUUUGUGACGAUGUUAGUAGCGUCAGGAGUUAAGGUUGAAGCGCGGUUUCAAGAUGAUGGCUUUCACAACGCUGAUUUUGUCGACGCGCAAUGGGCUCUUAACCUUCUAAACAAAAUAAAGGAAUUUGUUAUCUAAUAUAUAUAUAUAUAUUUUUUUUAAAGAAAUGAUUUUAGAA